AUGCCCGAUAACAUCAAUGCGAAGAUACUCGAAAUGAGUAUGAACGCAGAAGAAGCCCUCAGGUCUGCCAAUCAGGCCUUCGUAUCUGCAGAUCAGGCUCUUCAGCGUGCAACUCCUACACCUCCUGCCGGCCUAAGAAACAGGGCGCAGCGACAAUGGCGCAGAGCGUACUUGAUGAACAACACGAAGCAAUUGACGAGAAUAGACAAGGUGGCAGUGGCGAACAUGACACGAAUCGCAAACCCCCCGAAGUCCCCCAAGGGAUUUUUCUCCGGGGUUUCUGGGAAGGGCGGCAUCCUGGCCCCUGCCGGCCUCAGCAAACAGGAUAUGGAAGCCUGGCGUCUGGAACACAACAAACGCUGGAAGAAUAUGACGCGUCGAGAGAGGACUCGGUUGCAACAGCAACAAUCCGAAGAGCUGAGAUCGACAGGACGAAAAGUUGUGUUGAGGACGACGCAUUAUUACCGACCUCGCGUCGCCGAGGAAGAUGGUACGCAGGCUGGGCAGAUUGAGGAGCUGGGGAAGAAGGAGACCAGGAAACGCGCUCACUCCCCCGCAGGUGUUGCACUUAAAACUGGCGAUGAUGCCUGCGACGAAGACAUCAAGUACGACCCGGCCACGCAGACGCUUCACAAGGCCAAGAAACGGUGCAUCGAUGGCGCGGCCGCGGUAAUGGCACCAGAUCCCCUCGAUAUGCAGCGUCACCGUAGCCCCGAGACCAAGGUUCCUGUCGAUGAAGCCGUGGAGGUGCCCGACGCGAGCGAGAUGCUCGACGAGAGGCAAUACGACGGCGUCAUCAGCGUCAACUCUGACGCCGAUUUCAUGAAGUACGUCGUCGACUGGGACGGUCAUCCGGUCACCUACUUCGACUUCGGCCCGCUGUUCAAGCUCUCUGAGUACGACCCCAAUGCCCCGUCCCCUUUUACCCUUCAGUUCAUACCCACGACCGUUCCACUAACAAACACUCCCAGCGCUCACGUCGAUGAGAUCCUUCGCAAAGGUGCUGCAUUCACCGACAACGUCAUCCAGAUCACCGCCGGCAACCCGGAGCUCCGCCAGCCCCUGACGGACAUGGGUCUCAUCCACCUCGUUGCCGCCUGUCCUCGUCUCGAGUACCUGAGCAUUCACGGCGGAACCAACAUCACCGACGACAGCCUCUCCGUCGUCCUCGAACACUGUCCGUUCAUUCGGCAUAUCGCGCUCUGCGGGGCCGACUACGAACCGAACAACUUGAGUGGAUGGCCACUGCUGGAGCUGGUCCAAGGCUCGGCAGCGACAUUGUUGGACAAGAUCGCCGUGAUGAACACGGCUAUGGACACUGAGACAGUGAGGAAGUUGCGGGAGUCGCGGCCGGGAUUGAGGGUCUCUGCUCGCGGCUGA